AUGACUCCCAAAGUGGGAGGCGUUCCACCUCCCAGGGCCUCCAUGGGGCCUGGACGCCUCCCUGGGGCCUGGACACCUCCCUGGGGCCUGGACACCUCCAUGGGGCCUCCAUGGGGCCUGGACGCCUCUCUGGGGCCUCCCUGGGGCCUGGACACCUCCCUGGGGCCUCCCUGGGGCCUGGACACCUCCCUGGGGCCUGGACACCUCCCUGGGGCCUGGACACCUCCAUGGGGCCUCCAUGGGGCCUGGACGCCUCUCUGGGGCCUCCCUGGGGCCUGGACACCUCCCUGGGGCCUCCCUGGGGCCUGGACACCUCCCUGGGGCCUCCCUGGGGCCUCCCUGGGGCCUCCCUGGGGCCUGGAUGCCUCCCUGGGGCCUGGACCCCUCCCUGGGGCCUGGUCACCUCCCUGGGGCCUGGACGCCUCCCUGGGGCCCCCCUGGGGCCUGGACGCCUCCCUGGGGCCUCCCUGGGGCCUGGACGCCUCCCUGGGGCCUGAACCCCUCCCUGGGGCCUGGACGCCGCCAUGGGGCCUGGACGCCUCCAUGGGGCCUGGACGCCUCCAUGGGGCCUGGACGCCUCCCUGGGGCCUGGACACCUCCCUAGGGCCUGGACGCCUCCAUGGGGCCUCCCUGGGGCCUGGACACCUCCCUGGGGGCUGGACGCCUCCAUGGGGCCUCCCUGGGGCCUGGACACCUCCCUGGGGCCUGGACGCCUCCCUGGGGCCUCCCUGGGGCCUGAACCCCUCCCUGGGGCCUGGACGCCUCCCUGGGGCCUGGACGCCUCCAUGGGGCCUGGACGCCUCCAUGGGGCCUGGACGCCUCCCUGGGGCCUGGACACCUCCCUGGGGCCUGGACGCCUCCCUGGGGCCUCCCUGGGGCCUGAACGCCUGGGCCAACCAGCUCCCCGUCAUGCUGCCCAUCCUGCAGCGGCUCUGA